GCCACGAGUAGAUCUGUCCUUAUACAAUACUCAACUCUGGAUGGAAACAUCUAAGAACUCCUCUGAAGCACAUCAAAUAAAGAAGGGUAGCCGAAGGUUUCCUAGAAAGAAUAAAAAUCCAUCGACUCAAUUGGCAUCUUCUAGCUCAAAUGAUGUAAACAAAAACAGCACAAGAAACCCUUCUGCUUCCUUAAGUAGUGAUCCUCCUAGCUCACAAAAGGUAUCUUUAGCAGCCUCUUUGUCAGCCGAUGCCCCUAGUUUCGUUCCGGGCAUCGGUCUGGUAACGGAAUCUUCAUCUGGAAACCGUUUAACUACCAAUGAGGCAAACGCGAAGCCCUUGAAUUCAGAGAAAGAGGAACAUAAAUCCAAAAAGAACAAGGAUAGAAAUAAGAAUAAGACGAAUCACGAUAGAAAUCAAGGGAAGCCUUCACCAAGGAAGAAGGUCGACGACGUUUCCACCAAACAUACUACCGAUAAUAAGUCUACCAAGAAAGACAGGAAAGAAUCUAACAGUAAGAAUGCAGAAAAGCAAAAUGAAGCCGAAAAGUCUAAAGAGGCAUCAAGAGCUUCUAAAGGAAAAAAGAAAGAAGGGUCAAAAAAGUUAAAAGAGAAUAUCGAUCUCUCUAAGCUUGAUAUGACUUCGAGAAUGAUUAUCGAGAUGAAAAAAAUGCUUUACGAAUGCAGUGUUUGUACUGAUAUUGUGAGACCAAGCACUCCUGUUUGGACCUGUUCAACCUGUUUCCAUGUGUUUCAUUUGAAGUGUACAAGAAAAUGGAUGAAAAAUUCUAUUGAACAAAGGAAUGAGCCUGUUUGGCGCUGUCCUUCCUGUCAAACUUCACAAAAAGAAAAAUCUCUUCAAUAUACAUGCUGGUGCGGUAAGCAAGAUGAACCUGAAUUUGUUAAAGGCUUGACACCUCAUUCUUGUGGGGAACCCUGUGGUAAAACUCGAGGUCAAGAUUGUGUACAUCCGUGUCCAUUACUUUGCCAUCCUGGACCUUGUCCUCCUUGCACUGCCACUGUUGAACAGUUUUGUCUGUGCGGUAAGGAAAGUAAAAUCACUCGUUGUUCAGGAAAGUCUAGAGCUCCCCAGGAGUGUUUCAGAUGUGAUAAUAUUUGUGAUGAAGUUUUACCGUGUGGUAAGCAUACUUGUAAACAGCGUUGUCAUGCAGGUUUAUGUGGUGCAUGUCACGAGCCUAUUCUUGGAAGCUGCUAUUGUGGUACUCAUUCAAAAACUUACACGUGUUCUGUCUUACCAGAGCCUAUUCUUUGCACUAAGGUAAUGGAUGAUGCAGUUACCGAAUUUUUGGGUUAUUAUAGCUGCGGUGAACUUUGUAAGCAAUUUUUUAAUUGUGGUGUUCAUAGAUGUUCCAAGGUCUGUCAUCCUCGAUCAAAAGCUCUUGAACGAUGUCCUUUAUCUCCAAAUGUCGUAACAAGGUGUUUCUGUGGAAAGAAAAAUAUUGCUGAUCUAUUGAAAGGCCAUCAGCGUGCUACAUGUGAAGAUCCUAUUCCAACAUGUGGCAACAUUUGUUUGAAGCAAUUACCUUGUGGGCAUCAAUGUAAACAGAAUUGUCAUCCAGGUCCUUGUAGCUCUUGUCAAGAAGUUGUUACUGUUCCAUGCAGGUGUAAGUUCAAUCCUGUGCAAGUUCCCUGCGAAGAACUUCAAAAUGGAUAUUUGCCAACUUGCGAGCGGCUUUGUAAUGUAUUACUUAGUUGUGGACGACAUCAAUGUAAUAAGAAGUGUUGUAGCGGUUAUCCCAAAGCGCAAGCUCGGUUGGCUUUACGUCCGAAAGGUGCUUUGCUUCGUUUUCACUUGCUUACCGAAGAAUUUGAAGAAGAACAUAUAUGUUUGCGUUCUUGCAAUAAAAAGUUGGGAUGUGGAAAUCAUUUUUGCCAACAUAUGUGCCAUCGUGGCCCUUGUCCUCGAUGCUUGGAAGCUUCUUUUGAAGAACUUACCUGUGCUUGUGGACGUACAAAGUUGUAUCCUCCUAUCCCUUGUGGCACACCUAUACCUAGUUGUCCUUAUCUUUGUACUUUACCGAAACCAUGUGGACAUCCUCAGGUAAAACAUAACUGUCAUCCACCUUCGGAACCCUGCCCCUUAUGUCCUUAUCUUUUGAAAAAGUACUGCCUUUGUGGUAAACGUCUAAUGGAAAAUCAACCGUGCUCGAAGGGAAACGUUCGUUGCGGUUCGGUUUGUGGGAAAUUGUUGGGUUGCGGAAUUCACAGGUGUGAGAAGACGUGCCAUCCCGAAGGUGAGUGCGAAACUGUUUGCAAAAAGCCUUGCGGUAAGCGUAGGUUAUACUGUGAACACACAUGUGAAUUACCUUGCCAUUCCGAAACUCCAUGUGAUCAAAAGGUUCCAUGCAGAGCAACGGUGGAUGCUGUAUGCUCUUGCGGGUUGAUUAAAAGCCGAGCGCCGUGUGGUGCAAGUUUUGAUAAUCCUUCUCCUGAGCAUAAAAUACCCUGUACAGUUAGUUGUGCGAGAGAAGAACGUCGACGUGUUCUAUCAGAGGCGUUGAAUAUCAACCCAGAUCGCAGAGCUAAAGAAGUUUCACAAUAUACGAAGGGUUUAUUGAGUUAUUAUCGAAACAAUAGAGAGUUUGGGCAGGAGAUCCAGUCUGCUCUUCGUGAACUAUGUGAAAGCGGAAAACCCAGUACCAGCUUUCCCCCAAUGCAACGUGAACAACGGCUGUUUAUUCAUACUUUAGCGAAAUUGUAUGGUUCAGAUAGUGAAUCAUUUGAUUCUGAACCCAAGCGUAAUGUUGUUGUCUAUAAUAAAGGUAUCAUGAAGAUGCCAAACGUGCUUCUAGCGGAAGCGUUAGAUUAUUAUUUGCAGCAUCCAACGAUGACAUUGCAAAGUGACAGUGCUUUGGAUGGUGAGUCGUCAUCUGCUACGAGCAAAUCGGUGUCUGGGGUGCAGGAAGAGAUUCCUGAGUCAUCUCAUGAUGCAGAAUAUAAUGCUCUUCUUGUUACUGAUUUUCAAAAGGGAUCUGAAAAUUUGGAGGAAGAAAUAAGAAGUGCUUUGGCUGAUAUAGGUGACUUGCAAAGCUUUACUUGGUCCAUUUUCCAUGUAGAAAAUGGUGUGGUUAUGAAGCCGAUAGAUAUACAAGACUUGACUAGUAUAUCCUCACGAUUAAUUGCAUUACGGCCAUUGGUAAAUCGAAGAUUGUUGACUGCAAAUAUUGCAGAUCGUUGUGAUGUUUGUCAAGUUAAUGAAGAGAAUGUCGUUAGUAAGGUUCGCAUGCCACGAAUCCGUUCAAAGAAGAAGGCGUUCCUAAAGCUGACACCCUCUCAAUCUUUGAGUGCUAUGAAUCCUUUUGCAGCUUUAGAAAAAGAUGUUAAUUAAGCUUAGUUGGCUGUUGCUAAGCUUUGCUAUUUAUUGAUUAGUUUAUCAAGCGAACUGAGAAACACCUUUUUGGGGAGUGGAAAAUGUUUGGACUACUUUAAAGGUAUACUUAAUGAUUAGAUGAAUUAUCUAGACAUGUGGGUGUUUUAGAGGAAAAAUGUCAGAUAAAGAAGGGUUAUUUUAUUGCUAGUGGUAAUUUUUCAUGUAUUAUUUAAGAGGUUAAACGGUAUAGUCUGCUUAGUGUUUGAAUUGAAGUCAUUUUAUGUCGAAAUUGAAGUUAAACAAUCGAAAUACUCGA